AUGGACUAUUCAACUGAGAAAGAGGGAAUCAAGCGGAGGAAGAUAAUGAGCACCGAGAUUUUCGAGACACUUGAGCCGGAUGGAUACUUUCAGCCGUACGCUCCGGCAAAUUCUUCCGUACGUCCAUCUCGCGGAGCCCCAGGGAAUAAUCCUGAAGUCGAAGGCCACUUCCGCAAUAAGAGUUCUACGGAGCUGGACGAGCAGGAUAUCCCGGCUAUGCAAGCCUUUGAGGUCUUCAUGGGCAAGAUUUACAAGCCUACUCUACCCGAACAAACAGAGUACGAGAUUUCAACUGAAAAAGGAAGCAGAUCAAAGCUAGAAUCUCCACUGGCACGAUUUACACGGCUGUCACUUGAGCUAAAGGAGCUAGAGGAGGAUCUGACGCUUUUGGCAACCGAUGCCAAGAACAAAAAGCACCGAGUGAUGGUAGAUGCUGGUCAAGAAGCCGAAUUUAGCGAAGUCAUGCAGGGGCUCAACACGUUGCAGUUAAAUCUUUCGGCCUUAGACAAAAACUCGGCUUUUCAGCCGUACCUGCGCUCUGAUGCAGUCCCUUCUAAUGCUGAUGUGGCACUGACGUUACAGAAAGAUUUGACAGCCCAGUUUUUUAAGCAAAUUGACGCACUCAAGCGUCAGCAACAGGGGGGAGCGGCAGCAUCAUCGUCAAGCGACAGUGCACCCGUUGUGUAUGAAGUUUACAGCAACGGCGAGUUAAAUGCUGUCGAUCGAGACGCCAAGGCGCGAAUUGCUGCACUUGAGGCGCGAAUUUCGACACUGGAAAGAGCAGUUGGCAGUUUUCAAGGCCAGGAGCUGCAAAUGGACGGUUUGAGCGCACCUGGUAGGGCGUGUAAUGUGAAUUUAACGUCAUCCAUUGCGCAACUAGAGCAACGUGUUGCAUUAAUGAGCGAGAAGAAUUUAGACGCCGUGAAAACGCGCACUACCGCACUUGUUCACGAACUAAAAUUACUCAGCAAACUAAAGCAGUCGCCAAGUGUACAAGGGGCGCUGAAUUCGCAGGCUGACCGCGAUCAGAUUCAAAAGAUCUACGAUCAGUUAGGACAUCUUAACGCUGUUGCGGCAUCAGUCCCAACAAUUGUGGAUCGUCUUGUUACAUUAAAAUCGGUGCACGAUGAAGCUCUUGACGUGACAAAUCGAAUGGACAAGAUGGAGCAAACACAAGGGUUGUUAAGCGAGUUGCUCGAUUCGGAUAUGGUUCUUCUUGCCAAUAUGGAGGCAAGUCUGGCUGAAAACGUCCAAGUUUUCCAGACAAACAUCCAACAACUUGAUGAGCGCAUGACCAAACUGCUUUCUUCAUGCGGUAGUCACUGA